CGUAAAAAGUCACGUGAUGGUGCAUUGUCAUACCCGGUAGACAGUGUGGUGUAGCUAGCUGGCUAGUUGCUGCACAUUUCAGGUUAUGACAAAACACACAGUUUGACGUUCCACAGAUUGGUAAUCUGAAGAUGGCUUCUUAUUUUGAUGAGCAUGACUGUGAACCAACGAAUCCCGAAGAACAGUACCGUCAGAAUGCACUACUAGAACUGGCCAGGUCUUUGAUGCAGGGCCUCGACAUUGACUCAGGAGCGUUUGAUCUAUCGGACUGGGACCAGCGUCUUCCUCCCCCAGCUGCUAAAACAGCUGUCCAAACCUUACCUGUGGUUGUCAUAUCCCCAGAGCAAGCAGACAAAGGGCUGAAGUGUCCUGUGUGUCUGCUGGAGUUUGAGGAGCAGGAGACGGUGAGGGAGAUGCCCUGCAAACACCUCUUUCACUCUGGUUGUAUCCUGCCCUGGUUAGGGAAGACAAAUUCUUGCCCGCUAUGCCGUCUCGAGCUACCAACCGACAAUCCAGAGUAUGAAGAGUUCAAGAAGGACAAGGACAGGAGAAAACAGAGGGAACACAGACUGGAAGAUCUGCAUGGAGCCAUGUACACAUAACGGCUCAGAGCACACUGCUUAUUGCUGAUUUCACCUUUCUAGCGUUGGGUCGCGAUAGAAUUAAGAAUUGACAAAAGCUGCAAAUAUUAUGUAGCUAUUAUGUUUUAUCGUAUGUACUGUAAAUAUGUCAGUUUUAAAUACAGUCAAUUGUACAAAGACCCAUUUUGUGAUACAGAUUGAAAUUAUGGAUGAUCAUUAUACAAUGAAAGGAAUACUGAGACAGUUGAGUCUGUUUGAACUCUACAUUCACUGCCUUAACACAUCAUAGCAUUUCUUCCUUUUCGCCAAGAUGCAAUACAUUUACCAAACAGAUGAUUAAAUGGCUUUUCAUGGCAUAUGUUUUGCUGGCCUCACCAUAUUUAUCAGACUUUAAAUUCAAUCUGUUUAUAGUGUUGAUUGCUUUGGCAUCGUCAUUAAAGGCCCAGUGCAGUCAAAAUUCUGUUUA